CUACUCUACGCUCACAGCUUUCCACGUCAACGUUAGUUGUUUCUUCAUUCUUCAGCUUAGAGCCUCCUAUAACGGAAAUGAUCGGUGUAUUCUUGACACGUUAUUGCCGAUGAUGAUGAUGAACGCUCUGAAAUUAGCUAGAUCAUUCGGGAAUAGGAGGAACAAUACGUCAAUUGGUGUUCAGGAUAUAAUAGGACCAAGAUUUCGGCGCUUGCUUUCUUCCGCCGCCGCUGAAGGCUACGGAAAUAGGUUCGCCGUUCUGUGGGGAAACGGCGACUUCGGGAGGCUGGGAUAUGGCAGCAUUGAAUCGCAGUGGAGCCCUAAACCUCUGCUGCCAUCCGCUUUUCAUGAUCAAAGCCUCCGCGACAUCGCUUGCGGUGGUGCUCACACUCUUUUCCUCACAGAAAAUGGCAGUGUUUAUGCUUGCGGUCUCAAUGAUUAUGGACAGCUAGGCAUUCCAGAUGAUAAAAGUUAUGCCACUGAGCCAGUCUGUGUUGCCUCACUCCCCAAAGACAUUGUAAAAAUUUCUGCUGGUUAUCAUCAUUCUUGUGCUGUUACAGUUGAUGGUGAACUCUAUAUGUGGGGAAGGAACUCGAGUGGACAACUUGGCCUUGGAAAGAAAGCCAAUAAAGUAGUUCCAUUUCCGAGAAAAGUUGAAAGUUUGAAUGGGCUACCUAUAAAAGCAGCUUCCUUGGGUCUUGAACAUUCAAUUGCUGUUACAGUUCAUGGUGAGGCCUUGAGUUGGGGUGGGGGAAGCUCUGGACAACUUGGUCAUGGACUACGUUCAGGAAUUUCUGGAAUGUUAAAAAGUAACAGUGAAUAUGCACCAAGGCUUAUAAAGAAGCUUGAAAGUAUGAAGGUUAAACAAGCUGGUGCUGGGAUGUUGCAUUCUGCCUGCGUAUGUGAGAAUGGAUGUGUAUAUACUUUUGGUCAAAGAGCAAAGACAAAAUUUGGCUUUGGGGAUGCAUACUGUGAUAUAGAACCAUGUGUCGUAUGUGAGUUGCCAUCUUCAGAAAUGACUGCAUGUGGUGGUUAUCACACGUGUGUUGUUACAAGUGGUGGAGAGCUGUAUACAUGGGGCUCUAAUGAGAAUGGCUGUCUUGGAACUGGUUGUACAGAUGUUACUUAUUCACCUGAAAGGGUUCAAGGUUCAUAUAUGAUGGAUUAUGUUCACAAGGUAUCUUGUGGUUGGAAACACACAGCAGCGAUUUCUGGUGGCAAUGUGUAUGCAUGGGGAUGGGGAGGCUCCUAUGGGACAUUUUCGGAAGAUGGACAUUCUUCGGGCGGACAAUUGGGGCAAGGAAACGACAUUGACUACAUUGAGCCUGCACUGGUUAACUUUCAGAUUGGCGUUAGAGCAUUGCAAAUAUCAUGUGGAUUUAAUCACACUGGUGCUGUAGUUGAAUAUACAUGAACAACAAUAACCUGAGGAGCCACUCAUCUUAUCAAGGAAAAAGGAAAACAGGUUUGAAGAGUGUGUUAUGGUUCCAGGGUGAAGCACCGAGAAAGCCAAGAAAUUAGGAACUCAAAGAAAGAUGAAUUCGAAUAGCAGGAGAGGAUUUUAGGGAAGAAGAAGAUGGAUAUUAUUCAACAUAACUGUUCGCAUAUACAAUGGGCAAGCUAUAUACAUGAGCUGAACUAAUCUAACAAACUAACGGUGACACUAACAACCGCUAAGGCGUUAUUCCUCUGCCAGCUCACCAUUAGGUCCACUUCGACUUCAUAAUCCAGCUCGGCUUCCACGUAAUGUAACAAUGCUUCCUCCUCAAACACAGCUUGUCCUCAAGCUGUAUUUAUUGUUGCUGCAAACUCAGGAAACCUUUUAAUAAAAUCUUCAUGCAAUUCCCAAGUUGCAUCUUCCUUCUCAGCAUUUGACCAUUGUAUAAGCCAAUAAACAGCGGCAGCAUUCCUUCUUUUGGCUAUCUUUCUAUCCAAUAUAGCCACAGGUUCCCUUCUCAAUUGUCCAUUAUCAUCUAUGUUAGGCAAGGAGCUGUUAAUAGGAAUAGGACCAUGAUGUUUUUUAAGCUGGGAUAUAUGGAACACGGGAUGCACUUUAGCAUGGUCAGGUAACUGCAAUCUGUACGCCACUGAUCCCACUCUAUCAACAAUUGUGAAAGGGCCGAAAUAUCUUGGGGACAACUUCAUAUUGGUUCUAUAACUCACAGACUGCUGUCUGUAAGGUUGAAGCUUAACAUAUACCCACUCUCCAACUGCAAACUCCCUGUCACUUCUAUGCUUGUCAGCCAAGUUCUUCAUUCUGUCUUGGGCCCUUUUGAUAUGGAAUUUCAACAAAUUAAUACAUUCCUCUCUUGCCCGUAAACUCCUAUCAACUGCCUCAACUGUAGAGUCUCCAGUAACAUAGGGUAUGUGGAGUGUAGGAGGCUGCCCAUAAACCACUUCAUAAGGGGUAUUAUGACUUGAAGAAUGGUAAUUAGUGUUGUACCACCAUUCUGCCAAAGGUAUCCAAUUAGCCCACUCUUUAGGUUUUUCCCCAGUCAUGCACCUUAAGUAAGUCUCCAAGCAUUUGUUGACUGCUUCAGUCUGCCCAUCAGACUGCGGAUGGUAUGCAGUGGACAUAUGCAGCUCCACCUGUAAGAGUUUGAAUAACUCUUGCCAAAAUCUGCUUACGAAAAUCUUAUCCCUGUCACUUACAAUAGUCUUAGGGAGACCAUGCAAUUUAAAGAUAUUAUCAAAGUAAGCUCUGGCCACCAUGGAAGCUGUAUAAGGGUGAGUAAGUAGUAGGAAAUGAGCAUACUUACUCAAUCUAUCCACCACCACUAAGAUAGUAUCUUUACCACAAGACUUAGGCAACCCUUCUAUGAAGUCCAUAGAGAUAUUGAUCCAAAUAGCCUCAGGAAUAGGUAAAGGUUGAAGCAAUCCUGCUGGAGCUUGAAGGAUAGGUUUGCAUUUCUGACAUACAUCACAUUCUCUAAUAGCCACCCUGAUGUCCUUCUUCAUUUUCUUCCAAUAAAAUAGGGCCUCCAUUCUUUUAUAAGUAGCCUGAGUUCCAGAAUGUCCCCCUAAAGGUGAGGUAUGCAUGAGCUGAAUAAUUUCUUUCCUCAAUUCCUCCUUGUGUCCCACCACCAAUCUUCCUUUUCUCAUCAACUUCCCAUCCUGCCAUGAAAAUUUACUUUGAGUUAAAGAUCCAUUUUGUAAAGAUUGAAUCAGUUGCUGACUUUCCAUGUUUUCCCAACUUUCUUUAAUCUUCUGCAAUAAGUCAGAUUGGAUCUCACUUACAAUCAAACUCAUGAUUGUUCCACCAUCAAUUCUGGAUAAGGAAUCUGCUGCCAUAUUUUCUUUUCCUUUUCUGUAACACACUUCAUAAUCCAUACCUAAAAGUUUAGGUAAGCAUUUGCUCUGAAAUGGGGUUGUAAUUUUUUGAUCCAAUAAGUAUUUCAGGCUAAAGUGAUCAGUCUUAAUAAUGAAGUGGCUUCCAGCUAAGUACGCCUUCCAUUUUUCCACAGCAAGGACAACUGCCAAAAGUUCUUUUUCAUAAGUAGAAAGUGACCUGUUCUUCUCAGAUAAGGCCUUGCUUAGAUAAGCAAUAGGAUGUCCAUCUUGAGACAAGACUGCCCCAAUACCAAGGUCAGAAGCAUCUGUUUCUACCGUGAAAGGCUUUUCAAAAUCAGGUAAAGCCAGAACUGGUGCCUUGCACAUGGCCUGUUUAAGUUUGUUAAAUGCCAUCUCAGCCUCCACACCCCAUGAAAAAGCAUUCUUUUUAAGCAAAUUCGUUAAAGGUUUAGAUAGCAGACCAUACCCUUGUAUGAAUUUCCUGUAAUAACCUGUCAAUCCAAGAAAUCCCCUCAACGCCUUCAAGUUUUUGGGAUAAGGCCAAUUCUGAAUUGCUUGAAUCUUCUUGGGGUCAGUAGCUACACCACUCUUUGAAAUGAUAUGCCCAAGGUAUUCAAUUGUAGAUACUCCAAAAGAACAUUUACUACGUUUAGCAAAGAGGGUGUUAUCCUUCAAAAUGUUGAGGGUCUGCUGCAAAUGAAGUGCAUGUGAGCUAACCCCUGGGCUGUAUAUAAGGAUGUCAUCAAAAAACACCAGUAUAAACUUCCUGAGAUAUGGUUUAAAAAUGGAGUUCAUAAGAUUCUGAAAGGUGGAUGGAGCAUUUGUUAAUCCAAAAGACAUGACCAAGAACUCAUAAUGCCCUUCGUGAGUUCUAAAUGCUGUUUUUUCAAUGUCCUCUUCCUUCAUUCUGAUCUGCCAAUAGCCUGACCUCAGGUCUAUUUUGGAAAAAAUGCAAGAUCCUUUCAGCUCGUCCAGAAGUUCAUCUAUCACAGGAAUGGGGAACUUAUCCUUCACCGUGUGUUUAUUCAGCUCUCUAUGGUCUGCACAAAAUCUCCAACUUCCAUCUUUUUUUUUAAUCAUUACCACAGGUGAGGAAUAAGGACUCUGACUAUUUCUGAUGAUACCUGUAUCCAACAUCUCCUUUGUAAUCUCUUCAAUGGCAGUUUUUUGUAUAAUUGGAUACCUAUAAGGUCUGACAUUAAUAGGAGCAGUACCAGGUAGGAGGUGGAUUUGAUGAUCCCAUUCUCUAUGGGGAGGCAGUUGCUUAGGUUCUUCAAACACAUCUUGGAAUUGUGUCAACACAUCAGAUAUUUCCUUAGGCAUGCAAUCUUCAGAAGAUGGUGUUAUAUCUUUAAAAUCACUGUUCAGUUCCUGCACUUUCAUAAGAUAUAACUGUCCCCCAUAUCUUUUACUUUCUUUAUGCACUUCAUGGCACAAUUCUUCUCCAUUAAUCCACAACAUGCUACCCUUUUUACUUCCCCUUAAUACCACUCUUUUUCCCAUAUACUGGAACUCCAUAACAAGCUUAUCAAAAUCCCAUUUAAUAGGACCUAGAGAAGCUAACCAUUGAACCCCCAAAACCAUGUGACAUCCACCUAAGGGUACCAGCAUAGUGUCAGCCCUGAACUCAGUAUUAUGUAAAGUCCAUGUAAAGUGCUUACAGAGUUGUGUAGUGAUCAACUUCUCCCCAUUAGCUACUGAGACUUCAAGGGGAUAGGAUUGGGUUAUUCUGCAUCCCAAUCUCUUAGCCGUAUUUAGGUCCAGGAAAUUAUGUGUGCUACCCGAAUCUAUCAACACAUUAAGGUCAUAUUUUUUAACCUUUCCUGUAACCUUCAUGGUCUGGAAUUGGUGUUGUCCAGAAAUAGCAUUAAGAGAUAUCACCGGUGAGUUUUCCAUCAUUACAUGUUCUCUAUUCCUGGUCUCUUCUCCCAUUUCUUCUGCACAUGAAGAUUCCAUAGUAAAAUCUUCUUCACCAGACUCCUCUUCCAUAGGAGUAAUGUGAAUCUUGUAAAGUUGAGCUUUACAUACAUGACCAGGAAAAUAGGGGUCAUCACAAUGAAAGCAUUGGUUCUUCCUUCUUCUCUCCUCAAUAUCCAAAGGUUGUAGGACUCUUCUUCCACUUACAUAAGGUUUUUUAUUGUUUGCAGCACUGGUUGAGGGCGUGGGGAGAAGUCCCCCCAAUUUAUUUACAGGUUGAGGCACUCUAAACCCAGAAUUUCCCAUAGUAUCUCUAGGUUUGUGAGACCAAGUGUCCAGACCUGUUCUGCUACUUUUCUUUAGGGCAUUUAAACUCUGCUCUUGUAGUCUGGCAUAUUCCAUAGCACUAGUCAAAGUUCUAGGUUUAAAUGCCUUAACAAAAUGCUUGAUGGUGGGGCUCAAACCACCAAUAAAACUGUCCAAAAAAUAUUCAUCGGGAAGCCUGUUGUUCCUUUGAAGCAUUAAACUGCGCAGAUUUUCAAAUUGAUUCAAGUACUCAUCCAGAGAAGUAGUCUGUUGCAGUUUGUUAAACUCCUCAACAACCGUACUACCUAUCUCUUCGUUGAAUCUUUCACAGACAUCAAUUACAAACUGUUCCCAAUUAACUCCUGGAUUCACAGAGAUGUAGCUAGUAUACCAAGAUUCAGCACUAUUUACCAUGUAAAGUGAAGCUAAAUCAACCUUCUGAUGAUGUUCAAUCUUACACAACUGAAAGUAUUUAACACACUUUUGAAUCCAGUUUCUAGGAUUAUUACCAGCAAAGGAAGGAAACUCAAUCUUAGGAACAAAGCCUAAAUUCCGAUUAGGGUUACCUCCCUGAAAUUGAUGACUUCUUUCAUGAGAAUGUAUCGAGUGAUGGGAGCUAUUUCCUUCGUCAUCCUGUUUUUUCUGAAGAAGAAGCAUUAAGGCAUCCAGUUUUUCAGAAGUUUCAAUAGCCUUUAAUUCAGUUCUUCUAGCUUGCUCUUCCAUCCGAUGCUCUAAUUCUGCCAGUCUGUCUUCCAUAAUAGCAGAUAGAGUUGCUACUGUCUGUUUCUUCGCCAGGAUGGAGUCGAUGUCUCAAGUCAGUGGUAACAAUGGCGGAAUUCGAGUGCCAGGAUGAAGCUCUGAUACCAACUGUUAUGGUUCCAGGGUGAAGCACCGAGAAAGCCAAGAAAUUAGGAACUCAAAGAAAGAUGAAUUCGAAUAGCAGGAGAGGAUUUUAGGGAAGAAGAAGAUGGAUAUUAUUCAACAUAACUGUUCGCAUAUACAAUGGGCAAGCUAUAUACAUGAGCUGAACUAAUCUAACAAACUAACGGUGACACUAACAACCGCUAAGGCGUUAUUCCUCUGCCAGCUCACCAUUAGGUCCACUUCGACUUCAUAAUCCAGCUCGGCUUCCACGUAAUGUAACAGAGUGCACAUCAAACGAUAUGAGUCAUGACUGUAAUUCAUUCCUUAGACGUCAUCAAAUAUCGUGUGUUGUGCCAUAGUAAUCGGAUAGGCUCUGUAUAUGUAUUGUAUUUGUUCCUCCAACUUCCCACCGCUCGGCCAACUGAGCUACCCAUGGAGGCGUAUGUGUUGUAUUUUAUUCGUGAAACCACAUCAACUUGUAUCAUGAGACAGCUCCACCAGGGCUGAUUCCCAUAAUGGUCAGCCCAAUUUGGGGAGUUAAGAGCUGAAGGUAGAUUUUGUGGGUCACAUAAAAUAAAGGCUAGAACAUACGGAGUAUAUAGUAGAGCAAAACGGAGUGUAAAUUCUAGAAGGACAGAUUGCCAUUUGCCAAGUUUCCUGGCAUUAUAUUUCAUAAAAUAAUUAUAGGAAUUGUGAAACUCAUAGUGAAUGCAAGGAAAACCAUAUGAAAUACUUACUCUCACUACUGUGCUUAAGUGCUUGUUUGAUUUGAGGAUUUCGGAGGUAAAGAAUGGCAAGGGUUGAUUUUACUAAUUUACGUUACUAAUUUUAAUAUAUUUGUUACUUAACUAAUUUGCUCAGCUUGUUGUAAUUAGCAUUUAGGUUGAUAGUGGGUUUUUAUAUAGUGAUUUCAAAAAUGUGUCAAACCUUCUAUGUUACAAUUAAGCAUGUGCUAAUGCUUAGAGGCCGUUUGCUAACAUUGUUUUUCAACUUAUC